CGGGAAGUGAAGAAAAAAAAUAUAUUUUUUGCUACUCUGGGCAACAAAGAAUGUUGACAGUGUGAAAUAUUUAAAAUUCAUGGUAAAUCCGAAACCAAUCAUUCGCGGGAAAACUUAAUUGACGAUUGUGGUGAAUGUGGGCGUUGGAAAAAGCACCACAACAAAUACAAGUUAGCAAGAUCCGAAUACCAAGGGGACGCUCAAAGCGGAGAUGCAUAUUUCAAUGCUGAUUUGCAGAAGGUAAUCAUGCUCCCACGAUGCGAUAUGUUUAAGGAAAUCAUUUUCACGCCUCGCAUUAUAGCAUUUAACGAUUCGUUUUUUUCUGUAGGGAAAAAGCUCUCGAAACGAAUCGCUUGUCUCUGGCAUGAGGCUAUAAGUGGAAGAAAACAAGAUGAUAUUAUUUCUACAUUUUAUGCAUUUUUGUGCCAUCUAGAGGUUCGGGAUUAUCAGGGGGUAACCAUAUGGUUGGAUAAUUGUGCGGCCCAGAAUAAGAAUUGGGUUUUGUUUUCAUUUUUAACAUACUUUAUUAACUCCGGAGGAACUAAACUUCAAACUCUUGACACAAAAUACUUUGAAACUGGUCACACUUUUAUGUCGGCUGAUGCGUUCCAUCAUCAGGUUGAGUCGCAACUGAGAAGAGCUAAAAAUGUCUAUGAUUUUCAAGAUUUUAUAGGCUGCGUUGAAAAAAACAUCUACAAGCACUGUGUAAGGCUGGGACUUAGGGCACAUGGAAUUAUACUCGUAAAUACUUUUACAACCUUCUAUAUUGAGCCAUAUAUUGCUUCUGUGUACAAUUAA